AUGAUACUACAGAACCAGAUACUGCAGAGCCUGACAACUGUAAACCCUGAUACUGCAGAGUCUGAUACUGUAGAGCCUAACACUGCAGAGCCUAACACUGCAGAGCCUGACACUGCAGAGUGUAACACUGUAGAGCCUGACACAGCAGAGCCUAACACUGCAGAGCCUAACACUGCAGGGCCUGACACUGCGGAACCUAACAUUGCAGAGGCUGACAUUGCAGAGCCUAACACUGCAGAACCUGACACUGCAGAGCCUAAUGCUGCAGAGCCUAACACCGCAGAGCCUGAUAUCACAGAGCCUAUCACUACAAAGCCUAACACUGCAGAGAUUAACACUGCGGAGCUUGAUACUGCGGAGCCUAACACCGCAGAGCCUGACACAACAGAGGCUAACACUGCAGAGCCUAACACUGCAAAGCAUGACACCACAGAUCCUAACACUGCAGAGCCUAACACCACAGAGCCUGACACUGCAGAGCCUAAGACUACAGAGCCUGACACUGCAGACCUUGACACUACAGAGCCUAACACUGCAGAGCCUGAUACUCUUGAACCUGACAUUGCAGAGGCUGACAUUGCAGAGCCUAACACUGUCGAGCCUAUCACUGCAGAGCCUGACACUACUGAACCCAGCACUGCAGAGCCUGACAUUGCAGAGCCUGACACUGAAGAGCGUGACUCUGCAGAACCUAACACUGCAGAGCUUGCUACUGCAGAGCGUAACACCGCACCUAACGCUACAGAGAUUGAUAAUCCAGAGCCUAACACUGCAGAGCCUGACACUGCAGAGCCUGAUACUGCAGAGCUUAACACUGCAGAGUCUGACACUGCAGAGCCUAACGCUGCAGAGAUUGAUAAUGUAGAGCCUAACACUGCAGAGCCUGACACUGCAGAGCCUAAUACUGCAGAACCUGAUGCUACAUAA